GAGGCGCCGCCAUGUUCGCCCGAGGGGCAGUUGUCGCGCUUUACCAGCCGCAAUGGGGCCAAGUCAGGAAUAUGGCAACCCUAAAAGACAUUACCAGGCGCUUGAAGUCCAUCAAGAACAUUCAGAAAAUUACAAAGUCCAUGAAGAUGGUUUCUGCGGCAAAAUAUGCAAGAGCUGAGAGGGAGCUGAAGCCUGCUAGAGUCUAUGGAACAGGAGCACUGGCUCUCUAUGAGAAAGCAGAAAUAAAGGCACCUGAGGACAAGAAGAAGCACCUCCUUAUUGGUGUGUCCUCUGACCGAGGUCUGUGUGGUGCUAUCCACACGUCUAUUGCUAAAACCUUGAAGAACGAGAUUACCAACCUCUCAAACGCAGGGAAAGAAGUUAUGGUGGUUGGAGUAGGUGACAAGAUCAGAGGCCUCCUUCAGAGGACACAUGGCAAUUACUUCCUGCUGACAUUCAGAGAAGUGGGACGGAGACCUCCGAGCUUUGGAGAUGCUUCAGUCAUUGCCUCAGAGUUGUUAAACUCUGGGUAUGAAUUUGACGAAGGCUCUGUCAUCUACAAUCGGUUCAAGUCUGUCAUCUCCUACAAGACCGAUGAAAAACCAAUCUUCUCCCUUGAAACAGUUGCUGGUUCUGAAAGCCUAAGUAUCUAUGAUGAUAUUGAUGCUGAUGUGCUGAGAAACUACCAGGAAUUUACACUAGCAAAUAUUCUGUACUACUCCCUGAAAGAAUCCACCACCAGCGAGCAGAGUGCUAGGAUGACCGCUAUGGACAAUGCUAGCAAGAAUGCUUCUGAGAUGAUUGACAAAUUGACCUUGACGUUCAACCGUACCCGUCAAGCCGUCAUUACGAAGGAGCUCAUUGAGAUCAUCUCUGGUGCUGCUGCUCUGUGAAGAAGAGCUCUUCUGAGCAUAUGGUUUAACCUGCCUGUGUCUGUGUUAACAAGACUGCUCUGUUAUUUUGUGAAGAAGUGGUAAAGCCCCAGAAAUCUGUACAUUCUUACAAUAAACCACCUACACGAAACAAAUGUUCUUGGUUGUCCAUGGAGCAAAUGCUCUUGGUGUCUAAAUAUCUGGGUUUGACUUGGUUACUCUUCGACACAUAAUUUUUAAAAGCUGUGCUCUACAUUUUGUAAUGUAUCUGGCAUGCAAAAACAUAUAAGCAGGUGUUUCUUCAUUUGAAGAGUGGACGAGAUUGCCUGUCU